AUGACCAUCGCCGCGCCGUUUCGAGACCUCACCGCGACGCCCAACCAGCCGCUCUCGCGAGUCGUCUUUACAUCCGGCACCCGCGUUCGCAUUGCCGCUCCCAGAGAGGUGGUUUGGCGGGUGAUUACCGCGCUGGACGAGUAUGCCGAGUGGAACAGCACGAUGCGGAGCUUUGAGCUGGAUGGCGCCGAAGCGGCACCUCUGCGAGAAGGCGCCAAAGGCAAGAUGAAAUGGGAUGAUGGCAGUGGAAAGCCGAUGGAGGUGCCUGAACUCAUCACCAAGCUCGCGGACGACGCGAUCCAGUCGACGCUAGCCUGGCAAGGUCUGCUGUUGCCAAGCUGGCUGGGCAUUGCGGAGCGAGUGCAGACGGUGUCGACGCUUCCAGAAGAGGGAGCAGCGGCGUGCAUGGUCACAAACUGGGAAUCCAUGUCUGGGCCAUUCGCAUGGAUCGGCUACUACCUGUUGGGUCUGCAGAGCAAGCUCGAUCAAGGCAACGCCACGUACUGUCAUGACCUCAAGAGCAGGUGCGAGGAGGUUUGGGGGCGCGAGAGAGUAGUAUAG